CCCUCUGCUCGGGUUGGGCCAUUGAGUUCUUCCACUGUGUUCUCACAGAGACACUGUGGCCGGCUCCUCCCUGUCCUCCCUCCCCCUCCUUCUUCCUCCUUCUGUCUCCUCCCUCCCCUCCUCCCCCCUCCUCCACCGUUUUUUUGUUCUUCCUUCCUCCCCUUUUCCCUUCCCCACCCACCUCCCUUCCCUUCCUCUUUCCUUCCUCUGUCUCCUCCCUCUCUUUAUUCCUGCUCCUUUUCUCCACUUCCACCUCCUCCCCACCUCCUCCUUUCUUCCCCUUCUCUCUCCCCCAUCCCUCCUCUCUCUCCCCCUCCCUCCCUCUCCCUUCAGCUCUCUCUACCCUCCUCUUCCCCAGGUGUCCCCUAGGGAAUGUGAAUCUAGAAGUGAUUUCCAGGGAGCUCUCCCAGGCCCUCUCCACAGGGAGGCCUCAGCCUGAGCCUGUCACCCCACCCCCAACCCCAGGGGAGGGAGCAGAAGGGGCAGCCUGACACUUUUAAUCCAGCCCCGGGGGAGAUGUGGGGACAGGGCCAUGCUUAGCUUUGCUUUGGGGCUUUUGAGAACGCACAUUUAUUUUAUGCUCUCGGAAUAGAGAAUGGAAGUGCAGGUGUAAAACCCAAAUGGUACCAGUGAUUUUCCUCUUUGACUCCCAGCUAUCUCUACCCGUAGCCUCUUCCUAGAGGCUACCGCUGGUACAGUUUUGGGACCUCCUUCCAAAGAGAUGUUGUAUGUAUAUCUGAGCAUCUCACACACAGAUACACACUUGUUUUGAAGGUACUAAUGGCAGAAUAAGGAGCCCUGGUGUUACAACAGUAAAGCACUCGCCUGCUAACCAGACAUUUGGUGGUUUGAACCCACCCAGAAGCUCUGGGGGAGAAAGACUCGGCGACCUCCUCUGGUAAAGAUUAUAGCCUAGGAAACCCUAUGGGACACUUCUGUUCUUUCCUAUAGGGUUGCUAUGAGUUGGAAUUGACUUGACCGGACCCAAAAACAGCAACAACAACACCGACAGUGACAGAAUAAGAGGACAGUGGUGGUUCAGUAUAGAGCCCUGGUGGUGGUGUGGUUAAGAGCUUGGCUGCUAACCAAAAGGUCGGCAGUUCGAAACCACCAGCCGCUCUUUGGAAACUCUGUUGGGCAGUUUUACUUUGUCCCGAAGGGUCACUAUACGUUGGAAUUGACUCACCGGCAACAGGUUUGGUUCCGGUUUGGUGGUUCAGUGGUAGAAUUCUCACCUUCCAUGUGGGAGACUCAGGUGCAAUUCCCACCCAGCCAACGCACCUCAUGCGCAGCCACUCAUCUGUCACUGGAGGCUUGCGUGUUGCUGUGAUGCUGAACGACUUUCAGCAGAGCUCCCAAACUAAGACCGGCUAGGAAGAAAGACCUGGCAAUCUACUUCCGAAAAUCAGCCACUGAAAACUGUCUGGAUCACAAUGGCCUGAUCUGUAACUGAUCAUGGGGAUGGCACAGGAUUGGGCAACAUUUUGUUCAGCUGUAUGUGGGGUCGCCAUGAAUUAGGGGCUGACUCAACAGCAGCUAACAACCACCACCACCACAACAGGCAUGUAGUGUAUCUCAUUACGGUUUUAAUUUCUAUUUCUCUGGUGACUAAAGAUAUUGAACAUCUCAUUGGCUGAUUGGCUGUUUGUGUAUCUUCUUCUGUGAAGUGUUCCAAUCUUUUUUUCAUUUUUAAAUUGGGUUGUUGGAGGUCUUACUGAGUUGUAGGAUUUCUUUGUAUGGUCUGAUACAUGUUCUUUGUCUGCCAUGUGUGUUUUCUCCCAAUCUGUGGUUUGCCUGUUUAUUAUCUUGUACUAUCUUUAUAUGAGCCAAGGGUUUUGUUUUUGUUGAAGUCCAGUUCAUCAGUUGGAUCCUGUGCUGGGUAAGUAUGGCCAAGACCUGUGUUACGUCACUUAGGUGUGGCAGAGAUGGCCCCAAGCCACGUCCUGGUUCUCCAGGAGCUGAGAGCACUAAAGCAAGAGAGAAGAAAGUGUUAUGAAUCCCUAAAAUCCAUUGCCAUCAAGUUAAUUCUGACUUACAGCAAACCCUGUAGGACAAAGUAGAACUGUCUCACAGGGUUUCCAGGGCUGUAAAUCUUCAUGGGAGCUGACUGCCACAUCUUUCUCUUGUGGAGCGGCUGGUAGAUUCAAACUACUGACCUUUCUGUUAGCAGCUAAGUGCUUAACCUCUGUGCACCACGGCUCCUUCUUAUGAGCCCUAAAAAAAAAAAAACCGUUGCCAUUGAGUUGAUUCAGACUCUGCCUCUCUUUUAUAAGGGGACUGUGAUGGCAUUUUGGGCCCACCCAGAUAACUCAGGAUAGUUCCCUUUCUCCGGAUCCUUAAUUUAAUCACACCUGCAAAGUCUUUGCCUUAUAAGGUAACGUUUACGGAAUCCAGGGAUCUGUACAUGGAUUGCUUUUUGGGGAUCAUUUUUCAGCCUACCACCUAAGGGUCCUUUUAAGAGCAGGGCAGGAGGGUCAAAGGAAAGGCAAUGUGACAAUGGAAGCCGCAGCCAGGAGAGAGAGAGAGCGCGUUUGGAAGAAGAUGCUACAUUGCUGGCUUUAAAGAUGGAGGAAGGGGCCACAAGCCAAGGAGUGCAGGUGGCCUCUAGAAGCUGAAAAAAGACAAAGAAAUGGAUUCUCUCCUGUUGUUGUUGUUAGUUGCUGUGGACUUGGGCUCCAACUCAUGGUAAUCCCGUGUGGGUCAGAGCAGAACUGAGCUUCACAGGGUUUUCAUGGUUGUGACCUUUCGGAAGCUAAUCUCCAGGCCUUUCUUCUGAGGUGCCUCUAGGUGGAUUUCAAACCGCCAACCUUUCGGUUACUAGUUACCACCCAGGGACGCCCCGAUUCUUCCUUGGAGCCUCCAAAAGGAAUGUAUCCCACAGACCCAUUUUGGACUUUUGACCUUUGGAACUGAUAAAGGCGUAAUGACAAAUAGCAAUAGGAAACUAAUAUGGCGGGGUAUCGGUAGUGGGCCCAAGGUCACCACGUAGUAUGAUGUGGCUGUGGGUGGGUGUUGGGGUGAUAGACUCCAGAGCCCCCUACUUCCCUAAAGCCUCUGUUUGGCCCCAGCUGGUGUUCCCUGGACCUGCCUGGCUCCACAUCCUUGCUGACCCCUUCAUGUCUAGCAGUCCCUGGCAGCCCAGGGCACUCCUUGGCUGGGAGAGGGAUCUUCACCUGCUGUCUUCCCCCAUGUGUGGCCCCGUUUUCCAGGUCUGUUUUAAGAGGCCACUCAGAGGGGAUUAGGACAAGGACACACGCUACUCCAGCUUGACUCAUCUGAUCACAUCUUCAAAGAAAGACCCUGUUUCCCCAGACAAGGCCAUGUUCACAGAUACAGGGGAUAGGACUUCUCAGCAUAUCUUUUUUAGGCGACGCAAUUCAAUCUGUAACAGCAGUCCUGUCCCCCCCCAAAAAAGCUAGAAACCUGGAUUGUUUAUAAAAGGAAAAAAAAAAAAACUCUCAGUGUCUAACAGUUGGCCCACAACAGUUGUAAUUAUCGGUAGCUGCUAUCUUGUCACCCCCAACUCAUGGUGAUCCCACGCACAAUGGGAUCAGACUGUUGUGCUCCAGACGGUUUUCAUUGUCUGCUUUUUGGAAGUCAGUCAACCGGCUUUCCUUCCUAGUCCAUAUUUGCUAGAAGCUCUGCUGAAACCUGCUCAGCAUCAUAGCAACAUGCAAGCCUCCACUGACAUAUAAGGGGUGACGCUCUUGGGGUGCAUUGAUUGAAAAUCGAUCCCGAGUCUCCUGCAUGGAAGGCGAGAAUUCUACCAGUGAACCUCAAAAUAGCUCUACGGAAACCAAAAACCAGUUGAUGUCGAGUUGACUCUGACACGUGGUGACCCCAUGUGUGCAGAAUAGAACUGUGACCUUUCAGAGGUAGAUUGCCAGGCCUUUCUUCUGAGGCGUCUCUAGGUGGGUUUGAACCACCAGUCUUUCUGUUAGUACUCCAGUGCGUAACCAUUUGCUCUACCCAGGGGCUCCACCGCAGGUAUAGGGGCUAGGAUUCCAACACAUAUGUAUAUUUUUCUAUUGUGCUUUACAUGCAGGUUUACAGCUCAAAUUAGUUUCUCAUUACUUAAUAGACAUAUUGCUUUGUGACAUUGGUUGUCAAUCCCACGACAUGUCAACAGUCUCCCCUUCUUGACCUUGCGUUCCCCAUUACCAACUUCCCUGUCCCUUCCUGCCGUCUCGUCCUUGCCCCAGGGCUGGUGUGCCCAUUUAGUCUCAUUUUGUUUCAUGGGCCUGUCUAAUCUUUGGCUGAAUGGUGUACCUCAGGAGUGUCUUCAGUGCUGAAUUAAAAGGGUGUCCAGGGGCCAUACUCUCAGGGUUUCUCCAGUCUCUGUCAGACCAGUAAGUCUGGUCUUUUUUUGUGAAUUAGAAUUUUGUUCUACAUUUUUCUCCAGCUCUGUCCAUGACCUUCUAUUGUGAUCCCUAUCAGAGCAGUCGGUGGUGGUAGCCGGGCACCCUCUAGUUGUGCUGGACUCAGUCUGGUGGAGGCUGUGGUGGUGCCAACACAUAUUUUGGGGGGACACAGUUUAAUCCAUAGCAGGUCCCAUUGCAGUGUCCCCAGCAUCCAUCCAUGUCUGUCCCUCCUCAAUCCGGGGUCGCUCGCGGUGGUGUCACCGAGGUUCCCAGCCUCAGGAACCAGACCCCAGAGGGUGCCCGUGGACAGACAAGCAGGCAAAUGCUGUAUUCUUUGGCUUUGAGAAGCUUGCACAUUAGCUGGAAGAACGAAGCAUAAAUUUUCAUGGUUUUGCUUUCCUCGUGGUGACAAUAACAGUUAACAUUGAUUGAGUGUUUUCCUGUCAGGCUUAUGGACUCAUUAAAUCUUGAAACAGCCUUGUAAGCAGGAGUGAUGUGGAGACUGUCUAGCCACCCAGGAACCCGUCAGAACCCAGGUUGGCUGUGCAACACAACACCCAUGUGACCGCAUGGAACACUGCCCACCUCUGAUGCCCAUUUUGUGGAUAUAAAAACUGAGGCACAGGGAGGGGAGGUCAAAAAAUCAGUGGGGGUGCAGAGUGUGUUCACACCUGGGCAGCGUAGCCCUAAAGCCUGCUGAACUUUGUAUUUUGAAAUAACUUCAAAUUUUUAGAAAAGUUGCAAGAAUAAUGUGGCAAACCCUGUAUCCGGAUUCACCUAUUUUGAACAUUUUGCCUUUUUGUUUUUCAUUCUGUCUGUCUUUUUUCUGUCUACACACACAGACACACAGACACACAGACACACACACACAUGGAGCCCUGGUGGCACAGUGGAUAAGCGCUUGGCUGCUAAUUGAAAGGUCAGCAGUUUGAGCCCACCAGUGGCUUCAUGGGAGAAAGAUGUGACAGCCUGCUUCUGUAAAGAUUAUAGCCUCGGAAACCCAAUGGGGCAGUUCUCUUCUGUCCUGUACGGUUGCUUUGAGUCGGAAUAAACUUGACUACGAUAGGUUUGAUUUUUUUGUUUAUGGUAAUUCUAUGCUUAACCAUUUGAGGAACUGCCAAACUGUUUGCCACAGCUGCUGCCCCAUUUUAUGUUCCCACCAGCAAUGCAUGAGGGUUCCAAUUUCUCCCCACCCUCACCAAUAUUUAUUAGUUUCCAUUUUUCUGACACCAUCAUGCUUUCAUACCCCCUUGAUACUUCAGUGUGUAUUUCCUAAGAACAAGGCUAUUCUCCAGUAACCACAGGAUAGUUACCAAAUGUACAUCGUUGCACGCUAACACAAUACCAUUAUUUAAUCUGCUGUUUGUAUGCCAGCUUUGUCAGUUGUUCCCAGUAGUGUCUUUUAGAGCUAUUUUCUCCCAACACAGGACCCAGCUCACAAUCACACUUUACCUUUAAUUGUCUCUUCAGUCUCCUGUAGCCUGGAGUGUUUCUCAGCCUUUCUCUGUGUUUUUGUGACAGUGCCUUUUAGUAACAUUGCUUUCUUUGUGACAUUGCCUUUUUAGAAACGUCUGGACCAGUUGUUUUGUAGAACAUCCUUCAGUUUGAGUUUCUCUGAUGUUUCCUCUUGAUGAGAUUCAGGUACUACAUCUCUGACCAGGAGCCCUGGUGGCGCAGUGGUUAAGACCUCAGGCCGCCAACCAAAAGGUUAGCGGUUAAAUCCGCUAGCUGCUUGUUCCUUGGAAUCCCUAUGGGGCAGUUCUGCUCUGUCCUGCAGAGUCGCUAUGAGUCAGAAUUGACUCGAUGGCAAUGGGUUUGGUUUGGUUUUGGAUCCCUGGAUCGAAUUUUCAGAGCCUGUGUACUUAACCACAGUCCCUGCAUGGUGCAAAUGAUUCAUGUGCUCAGCUUCUGACUGAAAAGUUGGCAGUACGCACCCACCCAGAAGCACCUCAGAAAAAAGUCCUGGCAGUUUACUUCGGAAAAGUCAGCCAUUGAAAACUUUAUGGAGCACGGUUCUUCUCUGCCACACAAGGGGUCACCAUGGGUCGAAAUCCACUCCAUGGCAACUGGUGAUGGUUUUUGAUGUUCUUAACCACAAUGAGGUUCUUCCUUCAGAACAAACACACUCACGGGCUGCUUGUGUCGUUUCUUAUCCUGACAGCUGGUUACAGCUGCGACAAUCCAUUUAGCUGACAAUAUAUGCACUUUUUCAUUUGUAAUUUCAAUAAAGAGUUAAGGAAGAACAGUGUCUUAACAUAAAAAAAGUAAUACAAGAUCAUUAGAGGGAACAAAAGAAGAAAAGGGGGUUAAAAAAAUUGGAGUAUACAAAGUUGAAAAAAUGCAGAGAACACAAAUGUGACUUGCAAUUCCAUCAGCCCAGGGUAAUGUCACCUUAUUAGCAUUUCUAGCAUUUCAGCUUAUUCCUUCUGGUUGGUUUGCUUUCCCCUUCCCUCGGGGCAUGAAUCAAUCAUUUACACAGUUGACAGGGGAGACAUAUUUGAGGAGCCGAAGAUAAGAGAAAAAGUCAGGGGAGGUAAAGCUUGGUUGGAAGUCCCUGGGUGGUCCAAAUAGUUACUGUGCUUGACUGCUAACUGAAAGGUUGGUGGUUCGGGUCCACUCAGAGAUGCCUCAGAAGAAGGGCCUGGCAAUCUAUUUCCAAAAAAUCACCCACUGGAAACCCUGUGGAGCGCGGUUCUACUCUGAUACGCAUAGGGUUGCCAUGAGUCUGAAUUGACUUGAAAGCAAUUGUUUAAAGCUUAGUUGGGGCCGUUUUGAGUCAGGACUGGCCAGGCAAGUGCAUCGUGAGUAGACACUCUUCUGCCCACUGAUGGUUUGUGUCCUGGAGCUGGGGUUUCCACGCCACUGUGUGGACAGCACUGGAGUUGCCCGCUGUCCCUGAGGAGGGGCUCGGAAAACUAGGUCGUCAGGGUGAAAAGGCUGGGUCCCUCCGGGAAUCAUCCCAGAUCUCCAGAGCACUUACAAGGAAUCACCAGACUCUGGUGACAGAGGCUCUGAAUCCAGGUCAGUGGGGUUAGCUCAGCCCAGCACAUACCAGGCUGAGCACAGUGUUUCAUUUUCCCCCCUGCAUUUUGUUUUUUGAAGCCUGUUGUUGCAUGCUGUCGAGUUGAUUCUAACUCAUAGUGACCCAUGUGACAGAAUAGAACUGCCCCAUAGGGUUUUCUUGGCUGAAAUGGUAAAGUGUUCAGCUGUUAACUGAAAGGUCAGUAGUUCGAACCCACCAGCUGCUCUGUGGGAGAAAGAUGUGGCAGUCUGCUUCCAUAAAGAGUUCUACUCUGUGCUAUAGAGUCAUCCCAAGUCAGAAUCGACUUGAUGGUACACGACAACAGCAGUCUUUAUGGAAGCAGAUCACUAGAUCUUUCUCCCACAGGACCUCUGGGUGGGUUCGAACUGCCACGUUUCGGUUAACAGCCCAGCGCUUAACCGUUGCACCAUUGGGCACCUUCUUGAAGCCUGGACCUGAGGAUUUAGGAAAAAUAAAACCAAAACCAAUUGUCCUCGAAUCGACGCCAACUCAUGGUGACCGCAUGUGUCAGAGCAGAACUGGGCUUCAUAGGGCUUUCUUUUCUUUUUAAAUUUUAUAUUGUGAAAAGUAAGUAUAACACAACAUUUGCCAAUUCAUCAUUUUUUACAUGCACAGUUUAGUGACACCAAUUACGUCAGUCAUGUUGUGCAACCAUCAACAGUGUCCGUUGUCAAGUUUCCCAUCACCACAAACAGAUACUGCUUCCUAAACAAUGACUCCCCCUUUCUUCCUCCCUUCCCUGGCAACCACCAAUAAACUUUGAUCUCUAUGCCUUUCCCAAUUCUAGACGUUUCAUAUCAGUGGCAUCAUACAAUAUUUGUUCUUUUGUGUCUGACUAAUUUCACUCAGCAUAAUUUCUCUAGAUUCAUCCGUGUCGUGGCAUACAUCAGGACUUCAUUCCUUUUCGUGGCUGAAUAAUACUCCACUGUAUGGAUAGACCACGCUAGGUUUAUCCAUUCAUCCGUUGAUGGACACUUGAGUUGUUCCCGCCUUUUGGCUACUGUGAAUAGUGCUGCAGUGAACAUUGGUGUAGACGUGUUUGUGUGGACAUGUGAUUUUAUUUCUCUUGGGUAUAUACCUAGGAGCGAAAUUGCUGGAUCGCGUGGUAACUCUGUUUAACCUUUUGAGGAACUGUGAGACUGUUUUCCACAGCAGCGGUACAAUUUUACAUUCCCACCAGCAACGGAUGAGAUGAGAGUCACAGUUAAUGUUUUUUGUUGUUUUCAACUUUUUAUUGAAUUAUAACAUAAAAAAUACAUAAGUGUAUCUUGAUGAAUUUUCAGAUUGAACACAUCCGUGUAACUAGCUCCCAGAUAGAAAAACAGAGCAUGACCUUCCUCCCCAAAGACCCCUCACGCCCUUUCCAGUCUCUCCACUCCAAGGAAGCCGUUAUCCUGUUCUAACUCUGUAGAUUAAUUUUACUUAUGCUUGUACUUAAAAGUUAAAUUCAUAAUAGGACAGCUGUUUCAUGCAACAUAAUGUUUGCCUUGGUUGGUUCCUUUUUCAUUGCGGUGUAGUAUUCCAUUCUGCAGAUGUACCACAGUUUAUUCUCUCAUCAAUAAGCAUCUGGAUGGUUUCAAGCUUAGGGUUGGUUUAGUGGUAGAAUUCUUGCCUUCCACACAGGAGACUUGGGUUUAACUCCCAGCCAGUGUACUUCAUGUGUAGCCACCACGCAUCUGUCAGAGAAGGCUUGUGUUUUGUUGUGAUGCUAAACAGGUUUUAGCAGAGUUUCCAGAUUAAGAUGGACUAGGAAGAAAGUCCUGGCAAUCUGUUUUCAAUAAUCAGCCAGUGAAAACCCAGUGGAUCACAACAGUUAAAUUCCAUUGUGCAUGGGUUGCCAUGAGUUGGGGACAGACUAGACAGCAGCUAACGACAAAAACAAGUGAACAUUCUAGAACUUGUCUUUUGGUCCACAUACACCCACUUAUUCUUAAGGGUGGAAUUAUACUGAGAGUAACUCUAGGUCUGUGUGGUUCUAGGCACAACUUAGACUUCCCUCCUUUCUUGGCCUAUGUGCACCCCACAUCCUGAGUUUUUCUGGAGCUCUUCUUCCUGAGGGAAGACUGAAACCCACUGUCGCAGUCCCUGCUGCUGUUUUAGGAGUCCCUGGGUGGCACAGACAGUUAAGCUCUCGACCGUUAACCAAAAGGUUGGCAGUUCAAACCCACCCAGAGAUGCCUCAGAAGAAAAGCCUUGCAAUCUGCUUCUGGAAAAUCAGCGUUGAAAACCCCGUGGAGCACAGUUCUACCCUGACACACAUGGGAGCGCCAUGGGCCGGAGUCAGUUUGACGGCAGCCGGUGUGGCUGGUUUUGCUGCUGCUUUCACCCUUAUUCUGUUGAAUUGAGACAUCCUCCCUUCCACAGUGCCCUCACGUGAGCCGUCCAUACUGUUAAUCUAGCUCUGGAGGUGGCCGCACCAUAACAUGUCCUCGUCCACACUGAUUGGGGGCCCUGUCCCCGGUGUGGAGUGUCCUCUUGGGCUUGAGUGUCCAGACUUGAAGACCAUAGCUCCCAGGGGCUGGCGUCACUUCCUAGGGGGUGUUUUGCACGUUUGUCUGGGUGUUUGGAGUCGCUGGUAACUGGGCGGUGCUCCUGUCAUUUAGUGGGUGUACUACCCCACAUACUACGCAUUGCCGUGGAGUUGACUCUGACUCAGCAGCCUUACGGAGCAGAGUGGAACUGCCCCACAGAAUUUCCAAGGAGCGCCUGGUGGGUCUGAACUGCCAGCCUUUUGGUUAGCAGCCGUAGCUCUUAGCCACUGCACCCCCAGGGUUUCCUUAGUGGGUGUAGACUAACCGAAUUAAUUUGUCUCCUGGGUUGGUGUGCAGGGCGGAUAAGUUCUUGGGCAGAUGCUCCCAUCUUCCCUCUCUGUCCCUGCUUUUCUUUUUUUUAAAUAACGUUUUAUUGUGUUUUUGGUGAAAGUUUACACAGCAAAUUAGGUCCCCAUUUGACUCGAUGGCAACGGCUUGACAAUUUCUAUACAAAUUGUUCAGUGACGUUAGUUACAUUUUUCACAAUGUGUCACCAUUCUCUUUAAUUGUGUUCUGGUUGUUCCGUUUUCAGUACUCUACUUUCCCUGCCCCUUCAUCUUCUCAUCUUUGAUUUAAAUUAAAUAUUGCCCUUUUGAACCCAUACAGAUGGUUUUUGAGUAGAGCACCGAUCUAAUAGGUAAUAUCCUUUGUUAUGGUGUCACUCAGCUUUUCUGCUAAAAGGUGAUCUCGGGGAAUAGUUUUGGUUCAAGAUUUAAAGAGUGUCUCAGGGCAAUAAUCUCAGGGAAUCCUCUCCUCUAAGGUGUUCCAGUUAGUCUGGCUGUUUUUAAGAAUUUGAGUUUUGUUCUACCUUUUUCUUCCAUUCUAUCCAGGAUCAUCUAUUGUGAUCAGAUUCGUCAGUGGUGGUAGCUGGGCACCAUCUAGUUCUUCUGGCCUCUGGGUAAUUGAGGUCGUGGCUUGUGUAGGCCGUCAGCCUUGUAGACUUGUCUCUUCUCUGAGAUUUGGGUUAUCUUCUUACUCUUUUGCUCCUGAGGAGUAGAGACCAAUAGUUCUAUCUUAUAUGUCCCUGCUUUUCUGUUUCUCUGUCUCCCUCUUCCUUUUGUGUCUUUUCUCUGUCUCUCUCUGAACUGCUCUUUCCCCUUGGCAUCUCUGCCCCUAUCAGCACCUGUGCUCAGUUCCCCUUUCUCCCAACUAGCUUUCUGUGCUGAUGCCCAACUUCACCACUUCCCCCCAUUAAAAAAAAAAAAAAGUUGCCAUCAAGUUGAUGCUGAUUCAUGGCAACCUCAUGUGUUAAAGAGUGGAACUGCUUUUAGGGUUUUCUUGGCUGUAAUCUUUACAGAAACAGAUCACCAGGCCUUUCUUCCAUGGAGCUGCUGAGUGGGUUUGAACAGCCAACCUUUAGGUUAGUAGUUGAGUGCAAAGCAUUUGCGCCAUCGAGGUACCACCCUCUCGCAUAGAUUGGGCUUAUCUGGCUGUGACCCAUCCCCAGUGACCUUUCACCUCUGCUCCCGCCUCCAGCUGAUAAGUUCUCUUUGAGUCCCUUGAGUCGCACUCUCAUUUGAGUGGCAGGCUUGCCUGUUCUGAGCCUGACCCCAAGUGUCACUGGUCACCCCAUAGAAUUGUCCCCACAUACCCUCCCUCCUCCCCACCCACCCAUGAAUAUUGGAUCAAUCUCUAUCCCUGUUCAGCAUCAACAGUAGCCCCUGAGAACUGUCCCCUUCAAUCAUCCAGCCAAUGUUUACACAUGAAUAAAACAGAUAGAAACCUGGAGCAUACCUCCUUGUGGGGAAGGCAGGCAGUAGCCAAAAUAAAGCCCAUUUAUGGCAUGUCAGAUAGAGAUCCCUGCUUUGAAGAAAAGCAAAGCAGGAGAGGGGGAUAGAAGUGGGGGGGGGGGCAUUGUAAUUGUAGAUGUUGUUAUUGUUAGGUGCCUUUAAGUCAAUUCAGACUCAUAGUGACCCCACGUGACUGAGUAGAACUGUCCCAAAGGAUUUUCUAGGCUGUGAUCUUCAUAGAAGGAGCCCUGGUAGCAUAGUGGUUAAGUGCUUGGCUGCUAACCAAAAGAUCAGAGGUUCAAACCCACCAUCUGCACCACGGAAGAAAGAUGUAGCAGUCUGUUUCGGUAAAGAUUACAGCCUUGGAAGCCCUAUGGGGCAAUUUUUCCUUGUCCUAUAGGGUCACUAUCGAGUCAGAAUAAACUCAAUGGCAACAGGUUAACGAGUUAAUCUUUACAGGAACAGAUCACCAAGUCUUUCUUUGCCAGAACCACUAAGUGGGUUCGAACUGCCAGCCUUUUAGUUAGCAGCCAAGCCCUUGACCAUUGUACCACCAGGGCUCCUUGUAGUUGUAGACAGAAUUGAGUUAAGCCUCCUUGACCUGGUAACAAUUGAGAGAAGGAGGUAAGGACAAAAGCAAACCAGGCAGAGGGAACUGUACGUACAAAGGUCCUGAGGCAGGCACAUGCCUGGUGUGUUGGAGGAAAAGCCAGGAGGCAGUGUGGCUGGAGGGGAGUGAGCAAGGGGGAGGGGGUAGAGAUGAAGACAGGGAGGGAAUGGGGUGGUCUUAGGGAGAACUUUGGCUUAGACUCUGAGUGAGAUGGGAGCCACAGGAGAGCUUGGAACCAAGAAGAGGUGUGAGGUGACUCAGAUGUUGAUAGGAUUCCUCUGGCUCUUGUGUAGGGACGAGACUGUAGGAGACUGAGGACAGAAUCCCGGGGACAGGAGGAACAGAUCUGUGUAGGACCACACAGGAAAGCCAAGGCCACACUGCACUGCUUUGGAGCCCUGUGGGGCAGGCAGGCCUGUCUUCGUUUCCUAGUGCUGCUAUAACAGAAAUAUCACAAGUGGGUGGCUUUUAUAAUCAAAUUUAUUUUCUCACAGUUAAGGAGGCUACAAGUCCUAAUUUAGGGCACCAGCUCGAGGAGAAGACUCUCUCUGAUGGUUUUGGUCCUUGUCUCUUCAGCUUCUGUGCUUUGGCUCCUUGGUGAUCUUCUUGUGGCAUCUGUCUUCCCCCAUCUCUGCUUGCCUAAUGGGAUCUUUUUAUAUCUCAAAAGAAAUAGACUCAAGACACUCCCUACACUAUUACUGCCUUAUUAACAUAACAAAGGAAACUCGUUCACAAAUGGGAUUAUAACCACAGGUGUAAAACCCUUUGCCAUCAAGUGAAUUCCUAUUCAAAUAGAUCCUGUAGGACAAAGUAGAACUGCCCCAUAGGGUUUCCAAGGCUGUCGUCUUUAUGGAAGUAGACUGCCACAUCUUUCUCCUAUGGAGCAGCUGGUGGGUUUGAACCUCUGACCUUUCAGUUAGCAUCCGGGCACUUAACCACUGCACCACCAGGGCUCCAACCACAGGUAUAGGGGUUAGAAUUUCCAAAGAAUAUUUUUGGGGGACACAAUUCAAUCUGUAAACAGGUACCUGAGACAUGUCUACUCCACCAGCCAGACCCUCACAGCCCCUCUCAGGAGACAGCAGGCCAAAUCUGCAUCUCCAACACUUUAUUCUUUAGGUUCCCUGAAGACUUACUGAGUUUUUAUUUUUAAAAUAAACUUUUUUAUUUUGCAAUCAUUUUAGAUUUCCAGAAAUAUUGCAAAGAUAGCACAGUGUUCUGGUAUACCCCGUACCUAGCUUCCCCUAAUGUUCACAUCAUAUAUUAUUGUCAUUAGAUGCCGUUGAGUCAAUUCUGACUCAUGGUGACCCCAUAUAUUACUGUCUUAGUCUGGGUUCUCUAGAGGAGCAAAACCAGUGAAACAUAUGUAGAUGUAUAUAUAGAUUUACUUCAAGGAAAUGGCUCAUGCAGUUGUAGGGGCUGGCAAGUCUCAAAUCUGUGGGUCAGGCAAUAGGCUGAUGACCCUUGCUGGCUCAGGUGGUCGCGGGGGCUGACUAGCUGAAAACCUGCAUAUCAGGUGACAGGCUGGAGGCCCCUGCUGCUGGCUUAUGUCCCAGGAACUGGGGUCAGACGCCAAGAAGAUUAUAGGAUCAAAAAGAGAUCGAACUGUGCCAGAACAUCCAUUUAUAUCAUGGAUGCAAGCCACACCCGCAAAGAAACUCCUCUUCUAAUUGACUGGCUGCUCACAUCAGAUCAAAAAAUGGGAGGUGAUUACAUAGUGUCUGCCAAACCACCGAGAAUCGUAGCCUAGCCAAGCUGACUCAUAACGUUAACCAUCACAGUUACCAUGGAACAUUUGCACCAACUAAGAAACUCACACGUUAUGUUACUAUCAGCCAAGCUCCAUACUUCACUCAGAUGUCCUCAGCUUUUCCAAUGGCUUUUUCUGUCCCAGGCUCCCAUCCAGGACACCACAUCACAUUUAGUUGUCUUGUCUCCUUAGUCUCUUCUGCUCUGUGACAGUUUCUCAGUCUUUUCGUGUUUUAAUAGUUUAGAGGAGUACUUGUCAAGUGUCCUGCAGAAAUGCCCCCUGAAUUUGAGCCAACACUUGUGUUGUUGUUGUUAUUGUUUUUUGCCUUUUCUUGCCUUUUUUUGUAAGUGAAGUCAUAUAAUAUUUGUCCUUUUGUGACCAACUUACCUUGCUCAGCAUAAUGUGUUCAGGCUUCAUGCAUAUUGUAGCACGCAUCAGUACUUCAUUUCUCCUACUGGCUGAGUAGUAGUCCAUUGUAUGUAUGGACCACAUUUUGCUUAUGCAUUCAUCUGUUGAUGGGCAUUUAGGUUGUUUCUACCUUUUGGCUAUCGUGAAUAGUGCUGCAACGAACAUUGGCGUGCAAGUCUCUGAGUCUCUGCUUUCAAGUCUUUUGGGUAUAUACCUAGGAGUGGAAUUGCAGGGUCAUAUGGUAGUUCUAUUUUUAGUGUUUUGAGGACCUGCCACAAUGUCUUCCACAGUGGCUGUACGUACCAUUUCGUACCCCUACCAGCAACAGAUAAGGGUUCCGAUUGCCCCACAUCCUCACCAACAUUUGUUAUUUUCUGUUUUUUAUCUUAGCCAUCCUAGUGUGAGUGAAAUGGUAUCUCAUUGUAGUUUUGAUUUUCUUCUCUCUGAUGGCUAAUGGGUUAAGCAUCUUGUCAUGUUUUUGGUGGCCAAUUGAAUGUCUUCUUUGGUGAAAUGUCUAUUCAAGACCUUUGCCCAUUUUAUGAUUGGGUUAUUCGUCUUUUUUUUUAUUAAGUUGUUGAAGACCAACACUUAUUUUGUUAAUAAACCUUUUUUUCUUUAAUUUUAUUGUGGUAAUGAAAAGUUUGCCAUUUUAACUAUCUUUUAAUGGACAGUUCAGUGAUGUUAACUACUUUCACCAUGUUGUGCUAUUAUCACCAAUAUCAACUCAAUGGCGACUGGUUUUAUAUUUUUGAGUAAUGCUCUUUGUACUGAAAAAAGAAAACCUUUGGCCAACUUUCUGCCAGUUCUGUUGAAGACAUCACUGUUUUUACUUUGUAAUGUGGUUUCAUAGAACUCAUAAUAGGGGAAUAGAAUCAUUAGCUUUAUGUCUAUUUUCUACUUACAUUAUUAAUAUAUAUUUUUCUUUUUAUUGAGGUAAAAUUCAUGUAACGUAAAAUUAACCCUCUUAACAUCAAAUUGGAGUUCCUGGGUGGCGCAAAAAUUUCUGCAAGUGCUCAACUACUGGCCGAAAGGUUGGAGGUUCGAACUCAUCCAGAGGCACUGCAGAAGAAAGGCCUGGCAAUCUGCUUCCAAAAAGUCACAACCUUGAAAACCCUAUGGAGCAGUUCUGCUCUGCACACAUGGGGUCAUCAUGAGUCGGAACUGACAGCAACCAGCAACAACCAAAUCCAUUGCAGUCGUGUUGAUUCUGACUCAUAGUGACCCUAUAGGACAGGUAGAACUGCCCCAUAGGGUUUCCAAGGCUGUAAUCUUUACAGAAGCAGACUACCACAUCUUUCUCCUGUGGAGCUCAGGUGCGUUGCAACCACUGACCUUUUGGAUAGCAGCCAAAUGCUUAACCACCGUGCCACCCGGGCUUCUUCCAACAACAACAUCAAAUUAACCAUUUUAAAGUGUACACUACACAAUCCUAGGUGUGCCAUUCCCAAUUUAGGACUCUGUAACUUUGUAUAUGCAUGACCACAAUUUUCUAGCAGAUGGCAGUAAUGGGUCACGAGAAAGGGGCACCUGUUCCUAGUUCCAUAAAAGUGCCAUAUGGGCUUACAGCGGCCCCUACUAAAUAAAUAAGAAAAAUGUUUCUUCUGAUGUAGACAGAAAGUCAGCUACACACACCUAGCCUGCCUGAGUUCAGACCUUGCUCUGAUACCAACCACCUCUAUGACCUCAGGCAAGUUACUUCACCUCUUGGUGCCUCAGUGUCCACCUCUCACGGUAACUAUCUCAACUUCAUGGCAUUUCGUACAUUCACGGUGUUGUGCAGCCACCAUUACUGCCUAGUUUUGGAACAUUUUCAUCACUCCAGAAAGAAACCCUGUACCCAUUAAGCAGUCGCUCCCCACCCCACUGCAAUCCCCAGGCAACCACUAAUCUACCUUCUGACUUGGUGGAUUUGCCCAUUGUGUAUAUUUCAUUUAAAUGGAAUCAUAUCCUAUGUGACCUUUUGAGUCUGUACAUUAUUACUGUUAACUUUAAUACAGGCAGUACCUGGGUUCCGAACAAGUAUGUCUUUAAAUCGAAUUUGUAGGUUAGUAGGAACAGGUACAUAUGGCUCUUUUUAUUUUACCUUCCUGUGCAUUUAAAACACUUUAACACUUCAAAACCGUGCAUCGUUUUCAUGAGUAUCCCAAGGUAGUAUGUGUGUUCAUUAUUACAAAUCACUGUAUUUAACUCAAAUUUUUAAUACAAUAGGCUUUAUGGUAGUCCCUUAAGUACGAGUUAUCCGUAAGUCAGACGUUUGUAACCGGGGAACUUACUAUAAUAGGCUUUAUGGUAGUCCGUUUUUAAAUACAAAAAAAAAAAAAAGUUGCCAUUGAGUUAAUUCCAACUCAUUGCAGCUCUGUAGGACAGAGUAGAACUGCCCCAUAGGGUUUCCAAGGAAUGCCUGGUGGAUUCGAACUGCUGACCUUUUAGUCAGCAGCUGUAGCUCUUAACCACUAAGCCCCCAGGGUUUCCAAAUACAAGUUGUCCAGAAGUGGGAUAUUUGUAACCCGGGAACUGACUAUAUAAUAGGCUUUAUGGUACUCUGACCUUAAGUGCAAGUUGUCUGUAAAUUGGACAUUCAUAAUCUAGCGGGUGCCUAUAUUUAGGUUUCCUUGUAAGCACUUUUUAAAACCAUCCGUUUUGUGAGGAUUUGUUUAGUUAAAAAUUGAUAAUAAUAUAUAGGCCAGUUUUUAAUCAAACACUCAAAAAAUGGAAAUGUGUUGUCAGAGGAGUGUCACUGCCUCUGCGUUGGGGACCCCGUGCCCUUUCUCUAGGAUACCUUACCUUCCUGCCCAGCCUGUCACCUUCUGGCCAACAUGAGUCCAUGUAUUGAUUCCCUGUCCAGCUGAAUUUGUUGUAUCUCUGAGAUUAGAAGGUAAAUAGAAAUGUUCUCCUUGUGGGAUAGAUUACAGGGCCCAGGAUAAGAGCCAGGCAGGUAUGGACGUCCAGUGUGUGAUUGGUGGGGAAAGAUGAGGCUCUUAGUAAACGGAGCUGGGGACAAAAAAUAAAAAAUCAUCCGUAUGGAAAGAGAGGAAAUCAGAUCCCUACCUCUCAUCAUAGGAGUCCCCAGGCGGCACAGACAAUUAAGUCCUCAACUACUAGCCAAAAGGUUGGCGGUUCAUACCCACCCAGAGGGGCCUCGGAAGACAGGCCUGGUGAUCUGCUUCUGAGAGGUCACACCCUUGAAAACCGUCUGGAGCAGUUCUGCUCCACACACAUGGGAUCUCCAAGAGUCGGAAUCCACUCGAGGGGAACCUCACAACACAUACCAAAGUCACCUCUGGAUAGCUUAAGGAUUCCAAGUCAAAUAUGGAUUUGUGGUCUCUUCUCAGACUUUGAGGUAGGGACAGACUCUGAAACAAGGCACGAAGUGUUAGCAACGCGGGGAUGGUUUGGAAGACUUGCGUGUCACCUGGGUGUGUACACCCUACUCCAGAAAUUUCUCUUUUUCUCUGAGGGUCUGAGCAGCCCUCCCUGCUUUGCUUGGGGUGCUGGUCCUUCUCUUUCAUUUUCAGUGUAUUUUUAUUGUGGUGGAAUACAGAUAACAAAGCGUUUGCUGUCUCAACAUUUUUUACUUGUACGAUUCAGAGACUUUAAUUCUGUUCAUCGUGUUGUACAACCAUCACCACUAUCCAUUUCCAGAGUUUUCCUUCACCCUUAACAGAAACUCAGUGCCACCUAAGCAGUGUCUUCCCCUUCUUCCCUUACUCCCCCCGCCCCCAGUAACCGCUAAUAAACUUCGGUCACUGUGCAUUUGCCUGUUCUAGACAUUUUGUAUCAGUGGGAUCAUACAAUAUUUGUCCUUUUGUGACUGAUUUAUUUCACUCACCAUAAUGUUUCCAAGGUUCAUCCAUGUCAUAGCAUGUGUCAGAACUUCAUUUCUCUUUAUAACUGAAUAAUAUUCCAUUGAAGCCCUGGUGGCGCAGUGGCUAAGAGCUCAGGCUGCCAACCAAAAGAUUGGCAGUUCAAAUCCACUAGCCACUCUUUGGAAACCCUAUGGGGCAGUUCUGCUUUGUCCUAUAGGGUUGCUGUGAGUCAGAAUCGACAGCACACAACAACAACAAUAUUCCGUUGUAUGGAUAGACCACAGUUUGUUUAUUUCUUUUUCUUGGUUUGACUUCCACCAGCAGCGUUUGGCUUUCAAUAUCGGUGCCGUAGGAAGUCAGUGUAACAGGUCCCUGAGUGGCACAAACGGAUUGUGCUCGACCCCUAGCUUAAAGAUUGGCAGUUUGAACCCACCCAACAGUACUAUGGAAGAAAGGCCUGGCAAUCUGCUCCUAUAAAGAUUACAGCCAAGAAAACCCUGUGAAACAGUUCUACUCUGUAAUACAUGGGGUCAUCAUGAGUCAGAAUUGAUAGCACCAGGUUUAAAGAGCCGGUGUAGGGUCCUGAGAAGGGGACUGGGCAUGACCUUAAAUAAAACAGAAGAGGCCGGAGAGGAAGCAAGAGUCCAGGUAGGCAGUACCUGCAGUCUCCCAGGCAGUGAGCACAGAGAGGAGUGGGCAGAUGCUGCUGGCGGCCAGAACCACAAAAGUGUUGUUGUUAGUUGCUGUUGAGUCCAUUCCAACUCAUGUCAACCCCGUGUGUGCACAGUAGAACUAUGCUCUAUAGUAUUUUCAAGGCUGUGACCUUUCAGAAGCAAGUUGCCAGGCCUAUCUUCUGAGGCACCUCUGAGUGGGUUCAAACUGCCAGCCUUUUGGGUAGUGGUCCAGGGCUUAACGGUUUACACUACCGAGGGACUCCUUAAAGAGGGGUGGAAAAGACUUAUUAAGAACUAGGAGGAAGCGUGGCCUCUUGCAGCCAACCAGAACUGGCUCCUUCUAGAAGCCAGCGCCUCGCCUGGCUCUGAAGUGAUUGCAAACCCAGGCUCACUGGGGACCUGCCCUUGGACAGGAAUGUGUGAGCUGCACCAGCCCUGGCCUCCUCAGGUGUUUGCUCAGAGACCGAGGGCUGGGCUUCUGCCAGCCCCGUCCGUCCCCGGCCAGCUCCUGGGCGGACCCCUGGCUGUUCCUGCUCCCAGGACUGUUGGGUUUUUCUGCCUUGUGUGGCCUGUGAGUGAAAUUGGCCUGUAGUUAGAAAGGCUCCCGCUGAGCCCAGGAGGAAAAGGGUUUCUACCGUGCAGGGGUGGAGGGGGAGCAGGAUGUCUCAAUGCCAGCCAGUUCUCAGUUUUCUAGAGUUAUUAUGUUGUUGUUAGCUGCCAUCAAGUUGUUCACUGACUCCUGGCAACCCCACACACAGUGCAACAAAACCCUGCCAGGUGCUGUGACAUCCCCAUGAGCAGUUGCAGGUUGGACCGCUGUAACCCACAGGUUUUCAUCAGCGGGUUGUUGGAGGUAGAGCACCAGGCCUUUCUUCCUAGCCCGUCUUAGUCUGGAAGUUCCGCUGAAACUUGUUCAGCAUCACAACAACUGCAAGCCUCCCCUUACAGAUAGGUGGUGGCUGUGCGUGGGGUGCAUUGGCAGAGAUUCGAACCCAGGCCUCCCGCAUGGAGGGUGAGAAAUCUACCACUGAACCCCCACUGUCACUCAGAGUUUUUGUAGAUAUUGGAAGUGAGACAGUGGGUAUCCUUUUUUUUUUUUCCCCCACCUCUGACCUCCUGUGACAGAGUAGAACUUAUCCCUGAGGUUUAUCUAGACUUUAAUCUUUGUGUGUGUGCUUUAGGUGAAACUUUACAGAGCAAAUUAGUUUCUCAUUAAACAGUUAAUACACAGAUUGUUUUGUGACAUUUGUUGGCAACCCUGCAAAGUGUCAACACUCUCCCUUUCUCCACCCCAGGUUUCCUGUUUCCAUUUGUCCAGUUUUCCUGCCCCUUCCUGGUCUCUCAUCUUUGCUUUUGGGCCGGUGUGCCCAUUAGUCCCAUAUACAUGAAUGAACUAUGAAGGACAUCCCCCACGUGUGUUAUUGUUGGCCUUAUAGACCUGUCUAAUCUUUGACUGAUGGGUGAACCUCAGGACUGACUUCAGUACUGAGCUAAAAGGCGUCCAGGGGCGGCAGUGGGUAUAUUGGAAAGCGAUCAGGGUUACCUGUAACCAUCACCCAGAUCUAGGUGCAGAACAUUUCCAUCGUCCCUGAAGGUUCCCUCAUGUCCCUUUCCAGUCAGCACUUUCCCCUAGAGGUGACUAUAGACCAGUGGCUGUCGAGUCGACUCCAACUCAUGGCGACGCCAUAUGUGUCAGAAUAGAACUGUUCUCCAUAGGCUUUUUAAUGGCUGAUUUUUCGGAAGUAGAUUGCCAGGCCUUUCUUUUGAGGCACCUGUAGGUGGAUUGGAAACCCAGAUGGCAUAGUGGUUAAGAGCUACGGCUGCUAACCAAGAGGUUGGCAGUUCAAAUCCACCAGGCUCUUCUUGGAAACUGGGGCAGCUCUAUACUGUCCUAUAGGGUUGCUAUGAGUCAGAAUCAACUCAACGGCAACAAGUUUGCUUUGGGGAUUUGGUAGGUGGAUUUGAAUGGCCAACCUUUCCUUUAGUAGCUGAGCACAUUAACCAUGUGUGCUACGCAGGUCAACCAGAGGUGACCCUACCUCUGGUUUUUUUCUAUCAUGGAUUAGUUUAGACUGUUCUUGACUUUUCUAUAAAUGGAAUCACACAGUGUGUAAUUUGCCUCUGGCUUCUUUUGCUCAGCAAAAUGCAUUUGAGACUCAUCCACAUUCUUGUGUGUAUCAGUCGUUCAUUCCUUUUUAUCAUCAAGCUGCCUCGUGUGGCUGUCACAGUUUGUUUAUCCAUUUAUCCAUUGAUGGACAUCUGAGCUGUUACCAGCUUGGGGCUUUUCUGAAUAUGGCUGCUGUGAAAACUCUUGUACAAGUGCUUUUGUGGUGUAUCUUUCAUGUCUCCUGAGUAAAUAUCUUGGAGUAGAACUGCUGUAUCGUAGUCAUAGGGUAGGUUCAUGUUUAACUUUGCUUAUCCAGGCUUUUAAUUCUCUUCUGGAACAAGAUGUCUAAUAGAAAGCCAUCCCAGGGAUGUUUGGCAGCUCAAGAAUGCUAAGCUGGUGGGUCUGUGUCUCUGAUGCUAUUGAGCCUCUCCUUCAGAGUGCAGAGUGGUUGCUGCAGCACCGGUCAUUAUCAGCAUGUUUCACGUUAGUCUUUCAGAUGGAAGAAAGGAGCAGAGACAAACAAUCUUCCCAUUGCAAGGGUCCGUGUUUUUUUUUUUUAUUGGUGGUUCAGUGGUAGAAUUCUUGCAUUCCGUUCAGGAGACCCGGGUUCAAUUCCCAGCCAAUGCACCUUGUGCUCAUCCACCAUCUGUCAGUAGGGGCUUGAGUGUUGCUGUGAUGCUGAACAGGUUACAGCAGAGCUUCUAGACUAAGGCAGACUAGGAAGAAAGGCCUGGUGAUCUGCUUCUGAAAAUCAGCCAGUGAAAACCUUAUGAAUCACGACAGUCUGAUCUGCAGCUGAUCACGGGUUGGCGCAGGACCAGGCAGCAUUUGGUUCCUUUUGCACGGAGUCACCACGAGAGUGGGGACUGACUCAACUGCAGCUAACGACAACAAAAAAUAUAUAUAACAAAAAAUUUGCCAUUUUAGCCAUUUUUAUGUCUAUGAAAAAAUUGCCAUUUUAGGCAUUUUUAUGACACUAAUUGCAUUCACCGUGUUGUGCAGCCACCACCACUAUCCGUUAAUAAAACCUUUUCUCCCUAAACAGAAAUGCGAUACCCCUUCAGCAGUAAUUCUCCUGUUCCCCCUCCUCCUAGCCCCUGGUAACCACUAAUAAACUCUUGUCUCUAUGAAUUUACCUAUUCAACUGUGUGGAUCAUAACAAAUUAUGGAUAACACUGCAAAGAAUGGGAAUUCCAGAACACUAAAUUGUGCUCAUGUGGAACCUGUACAUAGACCAAGAGGCACUCAUUCCAACAGAACCAGGGGAUACUGUGUGGUUUAAAAUCAGGAAAGGUGUGUGUCAGGGUUGUAUCCUUUCACCGUACUUAUUCUGUAUCUGAGCAUAUAAUUUGAGAAGCUGAACUAUAUGAAGAAGAACACGGCAUCAGGAUUGGAGGAAGACUCAUUAACAACCUGCGUUAUGCAGAUGACACAGCCUUUCUUGCUGAAAGUGAAGAGGACUUGAAGCACUUGCUGAUGAAGACUAAAGACUACAACCUUCAAUAUGGAUUACGCCUUAACAUAGAGAAAGCAAAAAUCCUCACAGCUAGACUGCCUGAGUCAUCUAGUGCUGCUGUAACAGAAAUACCACAAGUGGAUGGUUUUAACAAAGGGAAAUUUAUUCCCUCACAGCCUAGUAGGCUAGAAGUCCAAAUUCAGGGCGUCAGCUCCAGUGGAAGGCUUUCUUUGCCGGGUCUGGAGGAAGGUCCUUGUUCUCUAUCUUCCUCUGGUCGAGGAACUUCUCAGUGCAGGGACCCCAGGUCUAAAAGACAUACUAUGCUCCAGGUGCUUCUUUCUUGGUGGUAUGAGGUCCCUACUGUCUGCUUGCUUCCCUUUCAUCUCUUGUGAGAUAAAAGGCAAAGAUGGUGCGGGCCACACCCAAGGGAAACUCCCUUUACAUUGGGUCAGGGAUGUGACUUGAGCAAGGGUGUUAUAUCCUACUGUAAUCCUCUGUAACAUAAUCUAAUCUUGCCUCAUUAACCACAGGCAUAGAUUAGGAAUUACAACACAUAGGAAAAUCACAUCAGAUGACAAAAUGGUGGACAAUCACACAAUACUGGGAAGUGUGGAUUAACCAAAUUGAUUUACAUAUUUUGGGGGGGGGCACAGUUCAAUCCAUGACGUGGACCAAUAAACAACAUCAUGAUAAAUGGGGAAAAUGUUGAAGAUGUCAAGGAUUUCAUUUUACUUGGAUCCACUAUCAAUGCCCAUGGAAGCAGCAAUCGAGAAAUCAAAUGAUGUAUUACACUGGGCAGAUCUGCUGCAAAAAAGACCUCUUUAAAGUGUUAAAAAACAAAGACGUCACCUUGAGGACUAAGGUGUGCCUGACUCAAGCCAUGGUAUUUUCAAUCACCUCAUAUGCAUGAGAAUAAGGAAUAAGGAUAAUGAGUAAGGAAGACCAGAGAAGAAUUGAUGUGUUUGAAUUAUGGUAUUGGUGAAGAAUAUUGAAUGUAUCAUGGACUGCCAGAAGAAUGGAAGCAAGGAGCACUUCGUCUCAUAUACUUGGGACAUGUUAUCAGAAGGGACCAGUCCCUGGAGAAGGACAUCAUGCUUGGUAAAGUAGAGAGUCAGCAAAAAAGAGGAAGACCCUAAUCGAGACGGAUUGACACGGUAACUGCAACAAUGGACUCAAGCUUAAUGUUUCCAAGGUUCAUCCAUGUCAUAGAGUGUACCAGGACUUCAUUUCUCUCUAUGGCUGGUAAUACUUCAUUCUGUGGAUAGAGCACAUUUUGUUUAUCCAUUCAUCUGUCCAUAGGCAUGUGGGUUGUGUAAAUUCUGUUUUCAUCCAAAUAUGAAAAUUUUCCCCAUGUCCACAUUUAGCUGCAAAGAAGACUGGGAAAGGAAGUUUCUGGCAAAGAGGCAAGAAUCUAGACUGACAGUGAUUCGUUGCCUUGGGUGGGCACAUUGCUGAAUGAAACCAAACCUGAGUUCUCUCCACUAGGAAGAUGAGGUUGGUAGUGGCUGUUGGACCCUGGGCAACUUCUUUUGCCCUCCCAGCCUCGGAGAGGAACCCUGGAGGCCACUUUUUUAGGAGCCUGAACAGUGGCCAGGAACCCUGGGCUUGUCUUUGAGCUGAGAGCAAGAGGCCCCAAAGGACAACCAAAGAAACAGAAGCUUCUAGAGCAGUGGACUCAAAGCGUGGUCCAUGUAACAGCAUCAUUAUGUCACCUGGGAACCUAUUAGAAACGCAAAUUCUUGGACUCCACCCCAUGAAAACCAAAGCCAUUGCCAUCAAGUCGAUUCCAACUCAUAGUGGCCCUGCUCCAUUGUGUUUCCAAGGCUAUAAUCUUUACGGGAACAGUUUGCCACGUCUUUCUCCCAUGGAGCAGCUGGUGGGUUCAAGCCACCAACCUUUUGGUUAGCAGCCAAGCCCUUAACCACUGUGCCACCAGGGCUCGCAAGGCCCCACCCCAGACCUACUGAUUCUGAAACUCAGCCUGUGUUUAAGAGCCAUCCAGGUGGCUCUCCAAAGAAAGAUGAAAGGAAACAAACAAACAAACCAAGCCCAGUGCCGUGGAGUUGAUUCCAACUCAUGGCGACCCCAUGUGUGACAGAGUAGAACUGCACUCCAUAGGGUUUUCUGACCUGUAAUCUUUACAGAAGCAGAUUGCCAGGCCUUUCUUCCACAGAGCCACUGGGUAGAUUCUCCGAGCCGUCAGCCUUUAAGUUAGUAGUCGAGUGCAAAUUGUUUGUGCCACCCGGUGACCUCCAGAGAAAGGCCCGAAAAUCUACUUCCAAGAGAACCAGCCAUUGCAAACCCUGUGGAGUGUGGUUCUACUCUGACACACAUGGGGCCGCCGUGAGUUAGAGUCAAGUCCACGGCAACUAGUAUAUAUGCCUGGUAACUCCGGUACAGGCUCAGGUCGGGGGACCAGUGGUCCAGAAGCACUUGUGCGUGUUGCUGGGACUUUCGUCUCUCUGCUUCUCAGCGCCAUUGUUGCCUGAGACUGAAGCUGCAUCUUUUGCCUCGUGCUGUGUGUGGGCAGCCCUGUGUCUGGUCAACAUCAUUACCCUUUUGCAUUUUCCUCACCCUACUCUGUUUCUCAGGGUUUUCCCUGUUUCUCAUUGACUUAGCAUUCAAGGAAAAUCCAAAAGCUUUCAAGAUACUUGAUUUUGUCAGCAAGCCGCAGCUUUAUAGCGGCAUUUACAACAGCUGUAAGUGGCAAAAAGGGAAAAGAAAGAAAGAAAGAAAAAAAAAAAACAGGAAAACAUUCCGAGCAUGUAAGUACCUGUAUCCAGGAGGUUUUUAGGAGCUAGGUACCAGUCACUUCAUGAGCAACCUGGGUUUUAUAGGGCGCGCUUUUAUGUUGUGAAACAAAUUAAAUGAUUUUAGAACUCUAAAGGUCACUGAAAAGAAAGAUGGUAUGGAUCUUAAUUGCUCUUGAAAUUGCUCUUUCUCUCCCACAAAAGGAGUGGGCGAGGAAUCAGCAUUUUUUCCCUUCUUUCCUUUUCUGGCUUUGAAAUAGAUGUUGUGCCAGUGGCUACAUAUGCUGUUGUUGUCGUUGUUAGGUGCUGUCAAGUAGAUUCCAGCUUAUAAUGAUACCAUGUGACAGAGCAGAGCUGCCUUGUAGAGUUUCCGAGGCUGUAAUCUUUAUGGGAGUAGAUUGCCAGGUCUUUCUUCUGUGGUGCCUCUGGUGGAUUUGAACCGCUCACCUUUUGGUUAGCAACCGAGCACUUAACCACUGCGCCACCAGACCUCUUUGCAGCAGCUGGUACUGGUAUUUAAUUAAAAAUAAAAAAAUGUUGGUCGCGGCCUGCAAAUUCGAUUUCACAACCCUUCAAGGCACGACCCAUAGUUUGAAAAAGACUGACUUCGAACAUCUUUGUUUAUAUCUUGGCAUUGGCAAGUGUUACCCUGAGCAGCGUCAGGCUUCCAUGAGCAAGGAGUGAGGAGGGAUGGGGAAAUGCAGCUUUGAAAGCCAUCCAUCACCUUUGCCACGUCUUCUUCACUUCUUCACAGCAAGCGGUACAGCCCUAUAGACUUUCAUUUUUAUGGCUUGCAAGCAAGCUAAGGGUUACUAAAAUCUGUAUGGGUAAAUUAAAAUUAGCCCGUUUCUGGAGCUUAGCGGGGACUUGUCAUUCCAUAUCCUGCCAGGCCGUCUGGCUUCUACACAACUCUCGAUGACAACGCAAAACUCCAAUGGCAUUACAAGUGCGGGAGGAAUUCACAUAAUUUUCUGGAAGGACACUUUGUCAUUGUUGCGUCAUUGCUGUUCUCUGGAGCUGGUUGUGGUUUUGGGGCCCUGCUUUUCCUGCCUUUUAUAGCAUGGUGAUUAAGUAUGCGAGCUUUAGAAUCACAGGGUCUGGAUUCAAAUUCUGGCCCCAAAGUGAUUUGAAGCAAGUGUCUGGACUCUGUCAGUCUGUUUCCUGAGCUGUAAAACGUGGGUCCUAAUUCUCCUGCCUGACUAGGGACUAGAAGGGAUCAGUAAUCAAUGGAUGUCUUUGUUUGGGUUCUCUAGAGGAACAAAUGCAGUGAGACAUGUAUAUACAUACAUGCAUAUACAUAUAAUAUAUAGAGAGUGAAUGAGAUUUACUUCUACGGCUUGGGUCACACAAUUGUGAGGCCGGAAGUUCCAAAAUCCAUAGGUCAGGCAGCGGGCGGGAGACCUCUGUAGGCUUUCAUCCCAAAAUCCAUAGGUCAGGUGACAAGAAGAGUACAGGAUCUAGAGAGAGGGUGAGCUUUGCCAGAACAUCCAUUUAUAUUUUGGAGGAAGGUCACACCCCCAGGAAAACUCCCCUUCUAGCUGAUUAGUUGAUUAAGUCAGAGCACACCAUGGAAGGUGAUUACGUUACAUUAUAUUACACUACAUACAUAACGUUAUAUUACAUGCAUUACAUUACAUUAGAGUAUAAAAAUAAUGUUACACUAUGUACAUUAUAUUAUAUACAUUACAUUAUACUACAUUACAUUACACUGUACUAUACUACAUUGGAGCCCUGUUGGCUCAGUGGUUAAGAAUGUAGCUGCUGACCAAAAGGUCGGCAGUUCGAACCCACCAGCUGUUCUUUGGAGAUCCUAUAGGGCAGCUCUACUCUGUCCUAUAGGGUUGCUAUGAGUUGAAAUCGACUCCAUGGCAAUGGGUUUGGUUGGGUUUAUACUAUAUUACACUAUAUACAUUAGAUUAUAUUGCCUACAUUAUACUACACUAUACUAUAUUAUAUACAUAACAGCACCUGGUCCGGUGUCUGGCCAAACCACUGGAAAUCAUAGCCUCACCAAGCUGACACAUAACAUUAACUAUCACAAUGGGUGUGGAGUUAACACAGCCUGACACCACGGAAGCACUCAGGUCGCGAGGGCUUUUCAAGGUGCAUCAGUCAGUAUCGGCUAUGUGGUGCUGCAAUAACAAGCGACCCCCCGGAUCACAGGCUUCCUACAACAAAGGCUUGUUUCCCACUCAUGAAAAAUUUCUGUGGAAAUUUUAAAUGUACACCAAGUGUAUACCAAGAGUAAUAAAACAUGGAUAUCCCCCCCAAAGUCACCAUCAACCAACUCUGCCAACUUUAGAUUUCUGGUCUCUCGGCAGUACAAAUGGUUAACUCACUCAGCUGCUAACGGAAAGGUUGGAGGUUCGAGUCCACCCAGAGGUCCCUUGGAAGACAGGCUUGGCAAUCUACUUCCAAUAAAUCAGCCAUUGAAAACCUUGUGGAGCACAGCUCUACUCUGACACACUUGGGGGUCGCUAUGAGUUGGAGUCAACUAGAUGGCACUGAGUUUUUAUUUUAUAUAGACCAGCGCCUUCCAAUAGAGUUUCUGCCAUGAUGGAAAUGUUAUCUGUCUGUGCUGUGCAAUAUGGCAGCCACCAGCCUCAUGUGGCUACUGAGUGCUUGAAAUGUGGCCAGCACCCCUGAGGAACUGAAUGUUUAAUUUAAUCCCGUUCUAAUGAAUUUGAAUUUAAAUAUAUACAGCCACAUGUAGCUAGAGACUCCCAUGUUGGCCAGCAUGGCUUUAUAUGCCCCCUACACACACGCAGAGGAGCCCCUGGUGAUGCAACGGUUGAGCACUCGGCUGUUAACAAAAGGUCAGUGGUUUGGACCCACCAGCCACUCCAUGGGGGAAGGACCUGGUGAUCUGCUUCCAUGAAGGUUACAGCCUAGGAAAUGCUAUGGGGCAGCUCUACUCUGUCACUUGGGGCUCCUAUGAGUUGGAAUCAAUUCGAUAGCACCCAACAAUAGCCACAACACCACACACAGCUGGGUUAUAUUACAGUAAACCAAAGAUAUUCUGUUGCUUCACCCUUCAUAUAUUGGGGUGUAUCUCGAGAAGGAACAAAAAAUAUCUUUAAAAAAAAACCCACAUACACUGCCAUUAUUACACCUAGAAACUUAAUCACAGUUCCUUAGUAUUGCCAAAUAUCCGGGCAGCCUUCAAAUUCUGUCUCUCUUUACAGUUGGUGGGUUCGUUUGUGGUUUCAGAGGCUUCCUGUGCUUGCUGGAUGGAGAGCUGGUGGCAGGCGUGGUUGGCGGCGGGACACCUGGUUAACCUUGCAUGUGUGGGCAGACUCGUUUGCAUCAGCAGUGUAGGGCCGGUACACCAGUUGCUAUUGCAUUGACUCUGACUCAUGGCUGCCCCAUGUGUGUCAGAGUGGAACUGAGCCCCAUAGGGUUUUCAGUGGCUGAUUUUUUGGAAGCAGAUUGCCAAGCCUUUCUUCUGAGGUGCCUCUGGGUGGGAUUAAACCGUCAGCUUUUUGGUAACAACCAAGCAUGUUAACAGUUUACACCACUCAGGGACUCCCUAUACAGCCCAUAGCUUCCCUAUAAUUGCUCUUUUUAGCCUCAUUUACCCCAUCUGGAAAAUGGGAUAAUAAUAAUAAGGGUUUGGAAGGAUUCAAGGAAACCCUGGGACUGGUGGUUUGAGAACUGUGUCCAUAGCCCCUGGCUGAAGCAGAUGCUGCAUAAACCCUUCCAGAUGCUUCCAAACCCACUCAAGAGCAACACACAGCUAGUGAGAAAGGUGGAAAAAGCUAGGGCUUGAGGUCUUUUGUUCAACUUAAUUGGGCCAUGGCCAGAAAGCUUUGGGCGUUGCCACUCUAGAUACUAUUAACAAUGGUAACUAAAAUAAUGACAACUAGUAUUUAUUGCUUAUAAAAAUACUGGCCAUCAAGUCAACUUUGACUUGUGGCGACCCCAUGUGUAUGAGAGUGGAACUGUGCUCUAUAGGUUCUCAAUGGCUGAUUUUUCGGAAGGAGAUCACCAGGCCUUUUUUCUGAGGUGCCUCUGGGUGGACUUGAACCUCCAACCUUAAGGUUAGCAACCAAAUGUGUUGUAUCACCCAGGAUCUCACUACCCACUUAUUACUUACCAAGUGCUUUAGGACACAUGAGCAUAAAAGGUGUUAAUCCAUAACCAUCCUGUGGAGACCAUACUGUUAAUCAUUCCCAUUUUCCAUCUGGGGAGACUGAGGCACAGGGGAGAUAAGUAACUGUGUAGGGCACACAGCUCAGAAGUAGCCAUGAUGGGAUGGGAACCUGGUCUGCCUGGGUGCAGAGCCCUGCCCUUACCACGACACCACCCUGUCUCUCUUCUCUGGGAAAGUGCUUUAGUCUCUUAGUCAAAGGACACUUGCUUCCCACCCUGCAGGCACACAGUGGCUUCAUAGAUGUCGGCUGCACUGGAAUUUGGGGAGGCUGUUAAAAAUGCAGCGACCCUGGCCCUUCUCCUGAUUUCCUACUGUCUAGAUGUAGGGUGAAAAAAAAAAAUUUUUUUUUUUUUUUAGAUGUAGGGUGGAGCCCUGGCAGUACAGUGGUGAGGCGUUCUGCUACUAACCAAAAAAGGUCGCCAGUUCAAAUCCAUCAGCCACUCCUUGGAAAGCCUAUGGGGCAGUUCUACUCUGUCCUAUAGGGUUGCUAUGAGUCAGAAUUGACUCGACGGCAACAGGUUUGGGUUUUUUGGUUUUAAAUGCAGGGUAAGGGGCCCUGGUGGUACAGUGGUUAAGUGCUCAGCUGCUAACCAGAAGUUCAUUGGUUCGAACCCCCUGCCAGCCACUCCACAGGAGAAAGAUAUGGCAGUCUGCGUCCAUAAAGAUGACUGCCUUAGAAACCCUAUGGGGCAGUUCUACUCUGUCCUGUAGGGCCAGGCCACUAUGAGUCAGAAUCAACUCAACAGAAACAGGCUUGGUUUUGGUUUAGAUGCAGGGUGGAGUCCCUGGGUGGCACAAAGGUUAAGCACUCGACUACUAACCAAAAGGUUGGCAGUUCAAAUCCACCCAGAGAUUCCUCGGAAGUAAGCCCUCACGAUCUGCUUCCAAAAGACCAUAGCCCUUAAAAACUUAUGGAGUGCAGUUCUUCUCUGUAACACAUGGGGUCACCAUGAGUCAGAAUCAACUCGAUGGCAAUUGGGCUGAUUUGUUUACAUGCAGGGCCGGUUCUGGGGAUCAUUGUGGGUCUGUGUGGAAACAAGACUGGGGAAAGGAGCCAAGCGUGGAAACCGGAGGCCUCAGUACCUCUGAUCUUUCUUCAUUGGCCAGUGAUAUUUAAUAAUACUCACAAAAUGAUGAUAUCAGUACUAGUAAUAUCCAUACCAACAUCUUCUACGUGCAUACCUCACGUCAGCCUCUGUUCUGAGUGCCUCUUGACCUCCAUAUGAGAGGUAGGGACUGUGAUUAUGCCCAUUUUACAGAUGAGAACAUUGAGGCCCCAAGAGGCAAAGUCACUUAUCCAGGGUCACCCAUCCAGUUAGCGGGGGAGUAGGGCUUUGAACGCCCAACUCUGACUGACCCCUGAACCUGUACUCAUUACCAUCACCCCACACUGGACCACUUGGCGUCAACCCAGCGGGAGGCAUAGAUGCCAACCUGGGUACCCAGAUGUGGGGCAGUCUCAGAGGAGUCCAACCCAGCUUCGAGUUACCAACAUUCAGCCUUUCUUUUCAUCCUCAGCCCCACUCACUCCUACUCAAUGAUUAUUUUUUACAGAUUUUUUUUUAAAGGCAAUAUUUACAUGCAUUGAAAUGCACAAAUCUUAGCUGUUAUGUUUUGAGCAUUCACAUAGCCCACGCCCCUAUCACAGUGUAGAACGUUUUCCCCUUCCCAGAAAGUUCCCCGUUCAUUUCUUCAACAUUAUCACUGAAAUGAAAAUACACGAAUGAAAAACCCUCAUAGUUACGACAGUGUUCACUGCAGCCCUUUUCACGUAACCAAAAGGUGGGAACGACGGAAAUGUCCAUCAGCAGAUGAAUGGGUAUACAAAAUGUGGUCUAUCCAUACAGUGGAAUAUUGCGUUGCUGUCAAAUCGAUUCUGACUCAUAGUGGCCCUAUAGGACAGGGUGAAACUGCCCCUAGGAUUUCCAAGGCUGAAUCUUUACAGAAGCAGAUUGCCUGGCCUUUUCUCCCACGGAGCAGCUGGGUGGGUUCAAACCAAUGACCUUUCAGUUCGUAGCCCAGUGCUUAACUGUUGUGCCACUAGGAUUCCUACAAUGAAAUAUUACUCAGCCAUAAAGACAGAUUAAUUCUUGAUGCAUGCCACAAAGAUGAACCUUGAAAACAUGCUGAGCAAAAUAAAUCAGUUGCAGAAGAACAAAUACUGUAUGAUCUCACUUACAUGAAAUAAGCAAACAUAAAGAAACCAAAGUUUAUUAGUGGUUACCCGGUGGGGGAGAGGGAUCUUUGCAUCAGGGACAUUGAGUUUAUGUUAAUGGUGGUGGAAUAAUUUGGAAAAAAUAACUAGAAUAGUUGCACAACAUGAAGAAUGUAAUCAGUGUCACUGAAUUAUACAUGUAGCAACUGUUGAAUUGGCAAAUGUUUUAUUGUGUAUAUUUUCAACACAAUAAAAAAGAAGCAAAUUAUCAUAGAGAACUUCGGGCCUCCCCACUCAAACUCUGAAUUCACCCGUGAGCCCAUUUGGAGAAGCCUUCUUCUGGACCCUCCCCAGGUUCACCUCCAGUUCUGCUGGUAGGAAUUUUACAGGGCGAGGGCCCCACCCAAACUAGGGCCAAGCGGGGGAAAGCAGAAUGAAGGGGAAGCUGGUUGCUCUCGCAAAGCUGCCUUGUAGGGCUGUCUGUGAAUAUCUUCGGCUUAAAAUCUAGAUGGGACGGGACCCCAUCUUCCAGGUUUUUAUGCCAGGUGUUUUCUAGAUUUUUCUAGAUCUUUCUGGGGCUUAGGGAAGCUGCUCCACGCUCCUGAUCCACUUCUCUCUUCCCUGCCACUCUCCUUAUCACUUUUUCAAAUCUGAAAUAUUUCAAGCAUUCAGAAAAUAAUAUCAAAGAUGUGCAUGCCUGCCACCCAGCUUCGUCUUAUGUUAACAUUUCUGCCAUAUUUGCUACAGCUCUGAAGAAAGAAACAAACCUGAUGAGGGGAUUGUCUUUGGGGUAAUGGUUACUGGCGGGGCCUCUGGAGUUAGCCUGCCUUGUCUCAAAUCCCACCAUGGCCUCUUACUACCUGUGGGGACCUUGCCUACAUUCUAACCUCUCUGUGCCUCAGUUUCUCCAUCCAAAAUAGGGAUAUAAAAGGACCUGCCUCACUGGGAUUUAAAAAACCCAGUGCCCUCGAGUCGAUUCCGACUCUGGGAUUUAGAGAAGGUGAAAUGAGUCUCGUGUAGAACACUUAAUUCUCAGCCAAUGCACUGCAUGCCCAGCUGCCACCCGCCUGUCAGUGGAGGCUUCUGUGUUGCUGUGAUGCUGAACAGGUUUCAGCAGAGCUUCCAGGCCAAGAGAGACUAGGAAGAAAGGCCUGGUGAUCUGCAUCCAAAAAUGAGCUGGUGAGAACCCUAUGGGUCACAGCGAUCUGAUCCACAACUGAUUGUGGGCAUGGCACAGGACCAGGCAGUGUUUUGUUCCAUGGAGUCGCCGUGAAUCAAGACUGACUCAAAAGCAACCAUCAAUGACAGUUUAAACCAGCACCCAGAGCCUAGUUGACCCGCAAUCAAUGCAACUUAUUGUUAUUAUUAUUUUAUUAGAUUGAAGUGCCUAUAAAGGAAGCAUCUUUGGGUGCAGUCCAGUCGACUCCUACUCACAGCGACCCGACGUGACAGAGCAGAACCGCCCCGUAGGGUUUUCUAGGCUGUCAUCUUUACGGGAUUAGAUCUCCAGGUCUUUCUCCUGUGGAGCCGCUGGCUGGCCCCCAAGAGGAUACUCCCCAAGUCCCCAGCCGGGGGCCCCGUGUAGACCUGGAGUGGACACACCCUCCUUCCCUUCAUGAUUCGUGUGUAGCGCAGUGGCGAUGGAUGAUGAGGAUGGGAGAUGCUUACUAGACGUGAUUUGUGACCCUCAGGCCCUCAAUGAUUUUUUACAUGGAUCCGAGAAGCUCGACAGUGAUGACCUCCUGGAUAACCCCGGGGAAGCCCAAAGUGCCUUCUACGAAGGUCCUGGGCUCCAUGUCCAAGAAGCUUCCGGCAACCACUUGAACCCAGAGCCCAGCCAGCCAGCGCCCAGCGUGGACCUCGACUUCCUAGAAGAUGACAUUCUGGGCUCGCCCUCAGCAGGGGGCGGUGGCGGGGGCAGCGGGGGCACCGACCAGCCCUGCGAUAUCCUCCAGCAGAGUCUCCAGGAGGCCAACAUCACUGAGCAGACGCUCGAGGCUGAGGCCGAGCUGGACCUGGGCCCCUUCCAACUGCCCACUUUACAGCCAGCGGACGGCGGGGCAGGCCCGGCAGGCACGGGAGGGGCAGCUGCUGUGGCUGCGGGACCACAGGCCCUCUUCCCAGGCGGCACUGACCUGCUGGGGCUGCAGGCACCACCCACCGUGCUGGCCCACCAGGCCCUGGUGCCACCCCAGGACGUGGUCAACAAGGCCCUGAGCGUACAGCCCUUCCUGCAGCCCGUGGGCCUGGGCAACGUGACCCUGCAGCCCAUCCCAGGCCUCCAGGGCCUACCCAAUGGCAGCCCUGGGGGUGCUGCAGCAGCCACACUUGGCCUAGCACCCAUCCAGGUGGUGGGCCAGCCUGUCAUGGCACUCAACCCGCCCACCUCCCAGCUCCUGGCCAAGCAGGUGCCCGUAAGUGGCUACCUGGCCUCGGCGGCUGGCCCCUCAGAGCCGGUAACCCUGGCAUCAGCCGGUGUCUCACCCCAGGGAGCUGGCCUGGUGAUCCAAAAGAACCUGCCUGCUGCCGUGGCCACCACACUCAACGGGAACUCUGUGUUUGGAGGGGCAGGGGCUGCCACAGCCGUAGCCGGUGGGGCACCCUCAGGGCAGCCGCUGGCGGUGGCCCCCAGCCUGGGCGCUUCACCGCUGGUGCCAGCACCCAAUGUGAUCCUGCACCGCACACCCACGCCCAUCCAGCCCAAGCCCGCUGGUGUGCUGCCCCCCAAGCUCUAUCAGCUGACACCCAAGCCCUUCGCGCCAGCGGGUGCCACACUUACCAUCCAGAGCGAGGCAGGGAGCCUCUCACAGCAGCCCAAGGCCCCCCAGAACCUGACUUUCAUGGCAGCAGGCAAGGCAGGCCAGAAUGUGGUUCUUUCAGGCUUCCCAGCACCCACCUUGCAGGCAAAUGUCUUCAAGCAGCCCCCUGCCACCACGACGGGGGCUGCCCCACCCCAGCCGCCUGGGGCCUUGAGCAAGCCCAUGAGUGUCCACCUUCUGAACCAAGGCAGCAGCAUUGUCAUCCCCGCCCAGCACAUGCUGCCCGGCCAGAACCAGUUCCUGCUGCCUGGCACGUCGGCUGUCCAGCUGCCCCAGCCUCUUUCCGCCCUGCCGGCCAAUGUGGGUGGGCAGAUCCUGGCAGCCGCAGCCCCCCAUGCGGGCGGACAGCUCAUCGCCAAUCCCAUCCUCACCAACCAGAACCUGGCUGGCCCCCUGAGCCUGGGCCCCGUGCUGGCCCCCCACUCUGGGGCCCACAGUGCCGCCCACAUCCUCUCAGCUGCCCCCAUCCAGGUGGGCCAACCAGCACUUUUCCAGAUGCCCGUGUCCUUGGCCGCCGGCAGCCUGCCUACCCAGAGCCAACCUGCCCCUGCCGGCCCUGCUGCCACCACCGUCCUCCAGGGUGUCACCCUGCCGCCCAGUGCCGUGGCCAUGCUCAACACCCCCGAUGGCCUGGUGCAGCCGGCCACCCCUGCUGCCGCCCCUGGGGAGGCCGCAUCCGUCCUUGCAGUGCAGACAGCCCCCCAGGUGGCCCCCACCGUCAGCACGCCACUUCCUCUGGGCCUCCAGCAGCCUCAGGUGCAGCAGCAGCCCCCGCAGGCCCCAACCCCACAGGCCGCGGCUCCACCUCAGGCCACCACCCCCCAGGCCAGCCCAGGCCUGGCGUCCAGCCCCGAGAAGAUCGUCCUGGGGCAGCCGUCUGCUGCCGCCCCCACGGCCAUCCUCACUCAGGACUCCAUGCAGAUGUUCCUGCCCCAGGAGAGGAGCCAGCAACCCCUCCCCGCGGAGGGCCCCCACCUCUCCGUUCCUGCCUCGGUCAUAGUCAGCGCCCCGCCUCCCACCCAAGACCCAGCCCCGGUCACCCCCGUCGCCAAAGGAGCUGGUCUUGGCCCUCAGGGCCCCGACAGCCAGGCCUCCCUGGCUCCGGCCCCCCAGAUCCCGGCAGCGGCUCCGCUGAAGGGCCCUGGCCCCUCCUCGUCCCCGUCACUACCUCACCAAGCCCCCCUGGGGGACAGCCCCCAUUUGCCCUCUCCACACCCCGCUCGGCCCCCCUCCCGUCCACCCUCCCGCCCCCACUCCCGUCCACCCUCCCAGCCCCAGAGCCUAUCCCGCCCACCCUCUGAGCCUGCCCUGCACCCCUGCCCCCCACCCCAAGCCCCUCCAUCUCUGCCUGGCAUCUUUGUCAUCCAGAACCAGCUGGGCGUCCCCCCGCCUGCCAGUACCCUGGCCCCCACCGCCCCAGGCCCACCCCAGCCCCCUCUGCGCCCCCCAUCCCAGCCCCUUGAGGGGCCACUGCCCCCAGCCCCCCACCUGCCCCCAGCCUCCACCUCCACCGCUGUGGCCUCCUCUUCUGAGACCCCUGCCAGGUUGCCAGCCCCCACGCCACCCGACUUCCAGCUUCAGUUCCCACCUAGCCAGGGGCCACACAAGCCCCCCAGCCCCCCAGUGACCCUCCACCUGGUCCCUGAGCCCGCAGUACCUCCCCCACCGCCUCCUCGGACCUUCCAGAUGGUGACCGCCCCCUUCCCGGCGCUGCCCCAGCAGAAGGCUCUUCUCGAGAGAUUUCACCAGGUGCCGUCUGGAAUCAUUCUCCAGAACAAGGCUGGGGGGACCCCCGCCAUCCCGCAGACCUCCGUCAGCCUGGGGCCCCUCACCAGCCCCAGCCAUGCCCCUGCCUCGGCACCCAUGGCCACCACAGGCCUCCCUCCUCUGCUUCCUGCCGAAGGCAAAGCCUUUGCCAACAACAUCCCGACCCUGAGUGUGGCCAAGGCCGCCCCGUCCGGACCAGGGAAGUCCUCUGGGCUGCAGUAUGAGAGCAAGUUGAGCAGCCUGAAGAAACCACUCACGCUUCAGCCCAGCAAGGAAGCCUGUUUCCUGGAGCAUUUGCACAAACAUCAAGGCUCCGUCUUGCACCCUGACUACAAGACAGCCUUCCCCUCCUUCGAGGACGCCCUGCAUCGCCUCCUGCCCUACCAUGUCUACCAGGGUGCCCUUCCCUCCCCCAAGGAUUACCACAAAGUGGACGAAGAGUUUGAGACGGUCUCUACGCAGCUGCUGAAACGCACCCAGGCCAUGCUGAACAAAUACCGCCUCCUGCUUCUGGAGGAGUCGCGGAGGGUCAGCCCCUCAGCGGAGAUGGUGAUGAUCGACCGCAUGUUCAUUCAGGAGGAGAAGACCACCCUUGCCUUGGAUAAACAGCUGGCCAAGGAGAAGCCCGAUGAGUACGUAUCUUCCUCGCGCUCUCUUGGCCUCCCCUUUGCAGCCGCCUCUUCCGAGGGUCACCGGCUCCCGGGCCACGGUCCACCUUCCUCCUCUGUGCCCGGGGCCUCGGCUCAGCCCCCUCCGCACCUGCCCACCAAACUCGUGAUCCGGCACGGUGGGGCUGGCGGCUCCCCCUCGGUGACCUGGGCACGGGCGUCUUCCUCCUUGUCCUCCUCAUCUUCCUCUUCGUCCUCGGCUGCCUCGUCCCUGGACGCUGAUGAGGAUGGCCCCAUGCCCUCCCGAAACCGCCCACCCAUCAAGACCUACGAAGCCCGCAGCCGCAUUGGCCUCAAGCUCAAGAUCAAGCAGGAGGCCGGGCUCAGCAAGGUUGUGCACAACACAGCCCUGGACCCCGUGCACCAGCCCCCACCACCGCCCCCCGCCGUGCUCAAGGCAGCUGACCCUCCACCCCGGCCCCCACCACCACCCCCCAGCACCAGCCAGAUGAACGGCACGAUGGACCAUCCACCACCUGGCGCCCCUGACCGCAAGCCACCUGCCCCAGCACCCCACUGCCCCCGCCUGCCUCUGCGGAAGACAUACCGUGAGAAUGUGGAGGCCCUGGGCAGUGGGGCCACAGAGGGGGCAGGCCGGGCCCGGGGCAGCAGCCCGGCUCCACCAGCCACCAAAGUGGAUGAAGCCACCAGCGGGCUCAUCCGUGAGCUGGCAGCGGUGGAGGACGAGCUGUACCAGCGCAUGCUGAAAGGGCCACCUCCCGAGCCCCCGGCUGGGGCUGGGCAGGGUGGCGGCAGCGGGGACCCCAGCUGGGAGGUCCCCCCGCUACCUCCUGCCAAGCGGCGCAAGUCUGAGUCACCUGACGUGGACCAGGCCAGCUUCUCCAGCGACAGCCCACAGGAUGACACGCUGACGGAGCACCUGCAGAGUGCCAUCGACAGCAUCCUGAACCUCCAGCAGGCCCCCGGCCGGACACCCGCGCCCCCGUACCCCCAUGCCGCCCCAGCAGCCACCACGCCCGCCGCCCCAGCCCCUGCACCCCUCCACAGGCCCGAUGCCUACCCGCCGUCCAGUCAUAACGGCGGCCUCGGCACCAGGACGUUGAACAGAUAACACCGGGCCGGACCUCCUGUCCCUGUCCCCUCACCCCACGCAGAAGCUGCCAGGGGCCAUGGUUGCCUGACCUCAGCCCCCUGGGGGACACAUGCCGGGGAUUCCUGACAGUCUUUCUUGCCUAAGUUAUUAAUUAAGUCACAAAGGCCUCCGCCACCUCCUGCCUCAGCCAGGGUGGUGGCAGGGUGCGGCGGCGUGGAUUUCGGGGAGGGGGCUGUAAUGUAAAAUGUCUCCCCACAAAAGGAGGGGGUGAUCCUGGUGUGUCAUUUCCUGUUUCUCUCCACUUCCUGCCACACCCUGCCCCUCCACCUGAAGGGUGUUUGCUGGGGACAGGAGCACCCUGGUUGUUUCCACUGCUCACUUGUGUGCAGGUAUUGGUCUUGGUGUGUGUGGCUUCACAGAGCCACCAGAGGGCGCUCAGAGCUAAGCUCGCCCUCGUUCCUGCGGGCCCCUGCAGGUUGUAAUAGGAAGUGCAGAGAGGGGGGUGGCAACACAGAACUCCCAUCUGGGGGAGCUGGGCCCACAGCCUCUGUGUCACAUCUGUGUGUGUGUGCACCUGCUCAGCGCUGCGUCCCAUGUCUUCCUGUUUGUCUGCACCAGUGAGAGAGAAAGUGUGAGCCCUCCGACCCCUCGACUCAUAGCUGAGCACCGCCCAAACCGGGAGCCGGGUUCCUCUCCUCUCCCUGCCAGUCUUCCCUCUGUUCUUCCUGCCUCCAGCCGCCCCCGCCAGAUUUUGAAAUCUCGGAGACAAAACUAGUACUGUAAGAUAAAUUUUUUUGUACUGUAUUUAUUGUGUAUAACGAUUUUUUUAAAGGAAAAUUCUGUACAUUUAGAACUCUUGUAAAUUAAAAACCGAUCCUUUUUUUAAAACUGUA